AUGUGCGACCAGGAAGAAAUACGAAAACUGUGGCUUUGCCAGAAAACAGUCUACCAAAUGAUGAAAGAUCGAGGAUAUACAGUCCUGGAUAGCGACCUGGAAAUGGACCUAGAGGGGUUUAAAAGUGCCCACCCCACGCUCGUUACAACGGGAAGCAAGCACGCGCUUUCCAUGCUCUUUCAGCACAGCACAGCGCCAGAGAAGCAGCUGUUUGUCUUCUUCCCAGACAAUGCAUACUUCAAGGCGAAAGACAUAAAGCUCUACACCUCUACUCUGGGAAAGCAAAACAUUCACAACGGAAUAAUUGUGUGCAAAGAAACCCUGAAAGUGCACAGUAUUAAGGCUCUAGACGAGUCCAGGAAGGAGUACGAGCUCGAACUCUUUUAUAUUCGGGAGCUGCUCUUCAAUAUCACGCGGCACAAAGACGUACCGAACCACAUUCUCCUGAGCGAGGACGAGAAACAGCGCGUUUUGCGGGAGAGAAAGGUCGGGGAGUCGCAGCUGAAGAAGAUCCUGGUAGACGACCCUGUUAACAGAUACUACGCAGGAAAGCGGGGGCAGCUGUACAGAAUAGUGCGAAACUCAGAAACUGCCGGUAUUUCCAUAGAGUACAGGAUCGUAGAGUGA